AUGGCCACUUUCAAUGUACGGCCUAGAAGUGCCCUCUACUCUUUCGAGACGAAGAAGGCAUACUUCGACAAUGACUUUGCCGACUUAAAGAAGACCAUCAACGCUUCUACUAUUCACGAAGAUGAACACCCACUCGUCGACCGUCAUAGAUCAUGGCAAAAUGCUUCUUUCUCGUCCACAGCUGAGACAGUUAUUGGCGAUGACGAGCCUGAACCACUCAAGAAAGAUUACUUUACAUUACAUGUCCAGAACCCCUUACCACCAAAGAUCAUCGAUGAGCCGCUAUUCCCUUCCUCUACAAAAAACAUCACUCCUUUGUUCAACCUCAAAGUCAAGCCUACACGAGAUCCCCUCCAUGCAGUCACCAUCGAAGAAGAUGAUGACAACAUUUGUCCCCUUGAGCAAGACCCCAAGAAGGCCAGCCCUACUGUCUUAGUUACUGAGAAUUCUUCACAAGCUGGACCCACGCAUGCCAACGACACUAUCGAGACAUGUGAUUACCCCGAAAUUGAAGACCCUGUCGAUCCAGCGCGGAUCCUUUCCAAAAGGGAUCUACGCAACCAAAGAGUGGCGUUUAUGGGCAUAAUCGUCAUUAUCAAUAUCUGCAUGGCCAUCACUGCAUUGUUCGGAAAGAAAAGCAAGCUUGUAUUUAUUGUUGUCCUCUUUGUUAAAAGCAAAGACUUCUUGUCGGCUAUCCUAUCUCCUACAGGGAUGAUCUACCGUACUAUCUACGAGAAGUUCUACCCACCCGCGCCUGUCAGCCGACGGUGGAUUCUUUCCCUUAUUCCUGCUUACUCCGAAAGUGAGGAGCAGAUCGUCAAGACAAUUUUCUCCCUGCGGGACAACGGUGUUGAUCCUCAUCGGCAAGUCAUGGUUGUCAUUCUAGACGGGAAUCCUCGUGACGUGCGAUCACACAUGACUCGCCUGGUUCGCGAGUUCCAACGCCCAUAUGUAUCCCUCAAAUGGAAGAAGGGUGUUUUGAACAUACUCGCUGGUUUCAUGGAAGACGUCCCUGUCAUUGUCAUUGAGAAGGUCAAAAACGCUGGUAAGAAGGACUCUCUUGUCCUCUGCCAUGAUCUCUUCAACUACCCUCGCGAGAACUGCCCUUUAUAUACACAGCUUCUACGGAAGGAGAUGUGGGAUGAGAUUCUGCCCGAGUUGACCAAGGGCGAGGAGUUUAACGGAUUUGAUAUGGUGUUUUGCACAGAUGCCGAUUCAACUAUUCACAAGGGUGCUGUAGCACUCCUCGCUAAUGCUCUUGCACGGGACAAGGAUGCUAUCGCGGCUUGUGGUCUCGUGUUGGUCGAGCUGGAACCAGGAUACGAGUGGUCAUUCUGGAAUCUCUAUCAACAAUUUCAGUACACAUUCGGACAAUACGUCAGAAGGCGAGCUGAAGGCUUUGUUGGUAAAGUCACUUGUCUACCUGGUUGUAUUACCAUGAUGGCUGUGAGACCAGAAAUGGCUGGUGCAAUCCGCAAGUACUCUGAGCCUGUGACUGCUGAACUGGUCAUCCAUCACCAAGUCCAAUAUCUCGGUACCGACCGAAGACUUACCUACUCCAUGCUCUCUCAGGGUCAACAUCUUCGAACACUUUUUGUCCCUGAUGCCGUCAGCGAAACGGUAGCUCCACAAUCUCUCUUUCACUACCUAAGUCAACGGCGUCGAUGGGGCUCCAACGCUUACUUCAACAAUUACUUUUAUCUUGCUGGCGAGAAGAUGAUCCCCAUCACUCGUAUUGCUGCCUCUAUCGAGGUCAUCCGUUUGAGUCUUGUGUACUAUCGCAUUCUCAACACUGCACUUUUCAUUGCUAGCUGCGUUCGUCACAUCACAGCUCUCAAAUUGGUCCCUAUGCUGGUUGUCGGCCAACUACCUUCACUAUGGUUCUUUUGUUCAAUACUCCUUGAGACCCCACUGCGCAAACGAGGACAUAAACUUCUCAUUGGAUAUCUUAUUAACAAAUGUGUUUCGCCUUUUAUGAGCGUUAUUAUCUUUACAAAAGUUGCUACAAAUCUGGGUAGCCAAGUGUGGGGUGUAUCAGGAGUCACGGCCUCAUCAGCACCUCCUCCUACGGCUACGCCUGGAGACGAAGAGGUAGAAAAGAAGGUGGCGACAGAUGCACUUGAUGCAGCUGAAAGAGGAGAGGUUGGUAUCUUGUUGAAACAAGAUGAAAAUGGGGGACUGACAAAACCAGAGCGUGCUCGUCUAAGGGAUGAGCGCGUUGACAUUGAGUAG